AUGGCCCUCAAAGUCCCAAAAGCUGGUGGACCAGACCUUUUCAAGUCGGGCUACAAGCAAAUGUCCGGCCUCGAGGAGGCGGUCCUCAGGAACAUCGCUGCCGUCGGCGAGCUGAGUGAAAUCGUCAGGACAUCGUUCGGUCCCAAUGGACGUAACAAGCUCAUCAUCAACCACCUCGGCCGCCUCUUUGUCACCUCUGAUGCCGCCACGAUCAUCCGAGAAAUCGAAGUCGCGCACCCUGCCGCCAAGUUGCUUGUCAUGGCGAGUACUGCUCAGGAAGGAGAGAUGGGCGAUGCCACCAACCUCGUCCUCAUCUUCGCGGGUGAAUUGCUCAAGAGGUCUGAGCACCUUUUGACGAUGGGUCUGCAUCCUUCAGACGUAAUCCAGGGUUACGAGAUGGCUUUGGCCAGGGGACGAGAGGAGCUUGAAUCUCUCGUGACUUCCAUUAUUCCUUCUUCCCCUCUCCCCACCCAAGAGCAGCUUGCUGCCGCCAUAUCAUCCUCUCUCGCCUCCAAGCAACCCGGCUGUGAAGGUAUCCUGUCAAACCUCUGCGCGGAAGCUUCUUUGGCUGUCAUGCCCAAAAACCCCAAAGACUUUAACGUCGACUCUGUCCGAGUAGUCAAGGUGAUGGGAGGUGGAUUAGAAGCUAGUAGGGUCGUCAGGGGUAUGGUCUUUGGUCGAGAAUCUGAAGGUCACGUCAAGAAUGUGCAAAAGGCCAAGGUCGCUGUCUACACUUGUGGUUUGGACAUCUCUCAGACCGAGACCAAGGGUACUGUUCUGUUGAAGAAGGCGGAGGAUUUGUUGAACUUUUCGCGUGGCGAAGAGCAACAGCUUGAGGGUUACUUUAAGGAGAUUGCCGACUCUGGCGUCAAGCUUGUCAUUGCUGGAUCCGGUAUCGGAGACCUCGCCCUCCACUACCUCAACCGAAUGGGCAUUGCCGUCAUCAAGGUCCUCUCCAAGUUCGACCUUCGUCGAUUGUGCCGAGUCGUCGGUGCCACUCCCCUCGCCCGUCUUGGUGCCCCUACCCCCGAAGAAGCUGGUUUCGUGGAUGUCUUUGAGACUAUUGAGAUUGGUGGUGACCGUGUGACUGUACUUCGUCAGGAGGAAGGCGAAAAGACCCGUACAGCCACUAUCGUUCUGCGAGGUGCCACCGCCAACUAUCUCGAUGACCUUGAGCGAUCGCUCGACGACGGUAUCAACACUGUCCGCACGCUCCUGCGUGAUGGUCGAUUGGUACCUGGUGCCGGUGCUACCGAGACUGAGCUUGCUCGCCGAGUCGCUGCCUAUGGCGGUAAGACUGCCGGUCUCGCUCAGCACUCUAUCAAGCGAUGGGCGGAGGCCUGCGAAGUUGUGCCCCGUACGCUCGCCGAGAAUGCCGGUCUCAACGCCGAAGACGUCUUGUCGUCCCUCUACAAGGCGCACGCGGACGGCCAUCUCGACGCUGCCGUCGACAUUGAGAGCGAAAAGUUGGGUGUGAAGAGCGCCAAGGAGCUCGGUGUGCACGAUUCGUUUGUGGCGAAGGACUGGGCUAUCAAGCUUGCGACGGAGGCGGCGAUAAGUGUCCUCAGGGUUGACAGUAUUAUUGUCGCCAAGCAGGCUGGUAUCGCCCCGCCGAAACAGCAGGGCCACUGGGACGACGAUUAG